AUGGCUGACAUACUGACACAGCUUCAGGAUGCGGUGGACCAACUUGCCAACCAAUUUGUCGCAUCCAUUUACUACGUCCACAAGCAUCACGAUCUCCAGACCUUGAGCAAAACCGAUACGGUGCGGCAGCAACAGAAAAACGAAGGCGAAGAUCCAGGAGACCGAAACGUUGACCCUUACCCUGCUGACGUCUUCAAAGACGGGCAAAAGGAACUCGCGCAAGAUUUAAUUCUCAAAGAACAGCAGAUCGAAUACCUGAUCUCAAUACUUCCUGGACUGGAGAACAAUGAGAAGGAUCAGGAGCAGACGAUUCAGCAACUGGAGGAAGAGCUGAAGAUUGCUGAGGAGGAGCGGAAGGAAGCAGUGAAGGAGAAAGAAGCUGUGCUUGCCAGGCUAGACACUGUCUUGAGGAGUGUGAAGCGGCCAUGA